AGCGAGUCCCUGUUUGCCCAUAUAUCUGUAGAAUUGAAAUUGAACCAAAACGUCCACGAAGUCGCAGAAUGCUCCUUGGCUAAUAAUGCUGGAACUGAAGAAAAAGAGGAGAACCAGAACCUCUAUCAAAACUUCGAAAACGACCACGUAUUGGUCGUUUUUAUGACAAUGUUUCAUGGCUGUUCGACAUACAGUAUUGACAGUACAGUUUGUCUGAACAGACCUUUAAUGUUAGCAAUGGGUAAAAAGGCCUGUGGAUGUACAUUAGAGUAUGCAAGAAAGCGUCUUGAAUCAGAUGAAGGAAAUUGUGUUCAGAAAUGUCAUGUAAAAAUGAAUUACCUCUACGAACAAUAUAACUAUCACCUGAUAUACACAAAUCUUACUUUCAAUGGAUUAAGUGUACAUAUGGCUACAUCAUGCAACUAUAAUUAUGGAUCAUAUGGGAGAAGAUUAGAAAUUGUAUGCAAUUCGGAUGGAGAAAGUUAUCUCUCAAAAGAUUUGCGUACAUCAAUGAAGGAAUGUAAUGAUGUGUUUAAGACGUGUUUGCGAUCUUAUGGAGAACAAAUUGGCAUGUGUGCAUGUAAACCUGGAUAUAUAGGAUUCGAGACCGAAUGUUUACAAGUACACCUCAAAAAACAUUUGUGUACGUCGACUGAGGGGUGUCAAGAUGUAUCUAAGUCAUGUUCGUUGACAGGACAAGUCGGUGUUUGUGUAUGCAAACAUGGUUAUAUAGGUUUUGGAAACAAAUGUUUGAAAGGCAGUUUGAGAUUGAAUGAAACUUGCCAACGACAUGAGCAGUGUUCUGAGCCGUCUGGAUCUGUUUGUCAAAACGAUACUUGUGUUUUAUCCUUUGAUGACAAACCGCAGUCGUCCAUCCGCGAUCCUAAAGUAAAUAACCUUGACGGCAUGACAUUUGGAAUUCUUUUUGGUGGACUCGUUCGAAUUCUAUGCAUAAUCCUAACUGCAGUAGCAGUAACCAUCUAUCAUAAUGCACGCCAGAAGAAAACAAACACUGAGGAAGAAGAAAGUCCAGCAAUGACAUUGUUUAACAACACAAUUUACGAGGCAAACACAUGUACAGAUGUUGUUUAUAAUUAUCCGCCAACACAUUUGACCAGUGAGAUUACGGAGAGCAAUGAACCCCUGUUUGCUAAUUUAUCUUUUGAAAUACCAGUGAAUGGAAACGUCCAAAGAGCUUCAAAACGAUUGAUUGCGAAUAAUGAUGUCAACGAAGUUGCCAUUAGACACCGACAUGAAGAGGAAGACAAUCGGGACCUUUAUCAAAAUACCGACAAUAUUUAUGGUAUUGUCAAUCUUUAAGUGCUAGGAUACAGAAAUUGUACUUUUCUUAAUAAAGGGAGAAGAGAUAGGGAACCGAAAAUUACUCAUCAAUGUCACCCUAGAACAAAGCGAAUUUAUGCUGUCUAACGUAGGGUCAGAAAGAAUUAAAAUAAA